AAAAAAUAAUUUAAAAAACGUAUACAUGCAUAGACUAAUACAAAAUGCUAAUGUUCAAACGGCAUACUGUCACGCACUAACAUUGAUCCGCAUUCCGCAAGGAAAACAAUGGUGCUUUUUGUCAGCCUCUCCACGCUGGUAAUACGUGGCAUUCGCUGACGUCACUAAACCGGGGCCAUUUUGGACCAGAAACUCCAAAUGUGUGUUUAGGAGUCGAGUCGGGAUUCCCCCCUGCACAAAACAUUGUAUUUCAGCUGCAUAUCACGACAAGAAAGAGGUAGGGAAAGGUUCGCUCCCCUUCGUUCCACAGCUGUCAGGAAUUCGUGUGUUCCAACAGAGAAACAUGAUGGAAGAAAGUGGAAUUGAGACAACUCCCCCAAGCACUCCACCUCCCCCAAGUGCCUCAGCAGCAGUUAGCCCUGCCCCGGUCUCGCUAGCCAUGUCCAGUCCUUUGUCUCUCUCCAACACGUCCGGCAUGUCACCUUUCCCAACCCAAGGCUUUUCGACAACCAUGGCUCCUGCCUCCACCUCUCUCCCUCCUAUCAGAUCUUCUGCGCCUCCUCCAUUGGGCAGCGCUCAGGGUUCCAUGACAGCUGCCUCUCCCUUCCCUCCUCCUGGGGCCUCAAUCCCUGGUAUUCCCUUUGUGAGUCUGCUGGCUGAAUCGGUCCCAGGUGUCCCCUUCUCUAGCCCCAUGGCUGCCUACUCCUCUCCCUCCCUCCCUCCCACUGGCGCUCCUCCUCCGGGUCCUGUCAUGUCUGCACCUCCUUUUGGUCCUCCCACUACAGGCUUUUCGAUGAACGCUCACUAUGACAUCACUCGGGGUCACGCAGGGAGAACUCCACAGACACCUCUUAUGCCAUCAUUCUCCACCCCACAGCCUGUCACAGGAGUGAUGUCAAACCCCAUGGUUCAGCAGCCUGCUGUGUCUGUUGGUGUUGGAGCUGAAUCUCCAAUCACCUUCCCAGAUAAUCAUGAAGAUCCCAGGAUGGGGAUGGAGAACAGUGGCAAUGCAGGAGGCAUAUGGGGCUUUAUAAAGGGUGUUGCAGGAAACCCAAUGGUAAAAUCAGUUUUUGAUAAAACCAAACAUUCUGUGGAGUCGAUGAUCACCACUUUGGAUCCUGGAAUGGCUCCCUAUAUCAAAUCUGGUGGAGAUCUGGACAUUGUUGUGACUUCAAAUAAGGAAGUGAAAGUUGCUGCUGUUCGAGAUGCUUUCCAAGAAGUGUUUGGGCUGGCGAUGGUUACAGGAGAAGCUGGUCAGUCCAAUAUUGCAUCCCAACCUGUGGGUUACGCAGCAGGACUGAAAGGUGCCCAGGAACGGAUAGACAGCCUGCGUCGUGCUGGGGUGAUCCAUGAAAAGCAGGCUGCAGUCUCUGUAGAGAACUUUAUUGCUGAGCUGUCUCCUGACAAGUGGUUUGAUAUUGGCUGCUUAAUUCUUGAAGACCCAACCCAUGGCAUUCAUAUUGAAAGUUUUACACAAGCCACACCAGUGCCUUUAGAAUAUGUUCAGCAGGCUGAGACUCUAACACCAGUAGACUACAGCUUAAGGUGGUCGGGUCUCUUGGUGACAGUGGGAGAGGUGAUGGAGAGGAACUUGCCUCAUGUCAGCAAGACUGACUGGCAUGUCAUGUUCACUGGCAUGUCUCAAAGACAGAUGAUCUACAGUGCGGCGAAAGCUUUAGCAGGAAUGUAUAAACACCGUCUGCCACCCAGGACCGUUUAAUGCAACACAAAAACACAAUUUUAGCCAAUGGUUUCUAAAGGACUACAACUUUUCACACAUCCAAGUGUGUGUUUCAUUUUUAUGUACUAUGAACAUAUGAGUUGGCAAACAAAAUAUAACUGUACAU